UAUUUGCGCGUUUCUCAAAGAAAAACAAGUAAAUUUAACAAAAAUUAACAAAAUCUUUAUUAAAAUAAACGAAAAAUACUUUAAAUUAUAAAAAUCCAAAUCAAGUGAUAGUAUUGUGACAAUUUCCAACAUGUCCGGCAGUCCGUUUGUAAGCAAACGCGGUUUGAUUAAGCCACAAACACCACAACGUGUUGGAGCAAUGUCUGCGGCAGGAGGCAAUGAUUCUUUAAAUUAUUCCAUCACCUUAAUGCCCACCGAAUUGCAACGAAUGCUAGACCAGUCUAAUUUAAAUUCAAGUGCAUUGGGUUCAUCAUUCCCUGGAGCCGGUGGUGCGGACAAUCAAAGUAUGUGUGACCGUUCCAUUAUGGAACAGACAAACAUGGAUGUAUUUAAAGAGAGAGCUGAUAUGUUAUUUCCACAAUUCUUGGAAGUUUUACAAGCACGCACCAACGAUUCGGAGGUGUUUGAUACUAUUCAAGAUCUAAUACACACUUGUUCGGGUGUGGUGGAGGAGUGCCAAAAAGACAAUAUGAGGCCAGGCGAAAGAAAAGCCAAUAGAAAAACUGAAUGGUUGGAAAGAGAGUGCAAGACUUGGAAAUUAUUGUAUGCUUUAUACAAAGAUCGUAUUUUAAUACAAAAUGGUGAACAGGGUAUGGAUUAUGAUGGCACAACUUUGGGAGGCUCGGAAAAGGAGGUUAUUGCUCAACUUUAUAAUUGUAAUUCUACAUUGAGAGAAUACCAAUUGAUUAUAGAUUGGCUGGAGGCAUGUUACGAUGGUAAACUAUUGGGACCCCAGGUGGGUCAUACCACCGACCGUACUGUGGGCUGGGAAAAUACUCUUUUCCAAUUGAAAAAACAACUGCACAUUGCUUUUGGCUCUGGAGCUGAAAUUGUCAAGUCUUUAGAUCCCGAUGCACCAAUUAGAGAGAAAAAACCUUUGCAUGCUUUAGAUGAAGAAGAUAAUAUGCGUUUGUCACGUUGCAUAUUCCAGGAGAUACGUCAGGGACGCAUAGAUGAGGCCAUGGCCUUGUGUAAGUAUUGUGGUCAAACCUGGAGAGCAGCAAUUUUAGAGGGUUGGCGUCUACACGAAGAUCCCAAUUAUGACACUGUUCAGUCCAAUAGCAAAGAAAAGCUUUCCAUUGAGGGUAAUCCCAGAAGAGAUAUAUGGAAAAAAUGCGCCUGGAUGAUGGCCGAAUCGAAGAAAUUUGAUGAAUAUACCAGAGCCAUAGCGGGAACAUUCUGUGGCCACUUAGAGUCACUCAAGACUCUACUUAACAACUCUUGGGAGGAUUUAUUGUGGGCAUAUUUAAAGGUACAAGUCGACAUUAGAGUAGAAAGUGAAAUACGUGCCUGUUGCAUGAAAUCAUAUCACGCUUUACCCGAUGCCUACUGGAAUUCGAAAAUGUCAAUGGAGCAGAUAUUCGAUGAACUAUUAGUGCAUAAUGAUGCAGACGUACGUGAUUAUGCUCAAAGUAAGGUCGGAGUCAUACAAAAAUAUUUAGUACUCGAUAAUAUUACAGAACUUUUACAAGAAAUGAGUAGAUGGAUAGACGAGGAAAAGUCUUUGGGUGAAAAUGAAAAGACUUUAGGUCCUCAUAUGCUGAGAUUCCUGACACACAUAGUAUUAUUUAUGCGCCAAAUAGGUCGCGUGGAUAAGGAGGAGAAUGCUGACCGCAUUAUAUCGGCCUAUGUAGAGUGUUUAAUACAAAUGAAGGACUCCCAAUUGGUGGCCUUCUAUACAGCUGCUUUGCCACAAAAACUGCAAAUUGUGUUGUACUCAAAGUUCUUAGAAGCCAUAACAGACACCCAGCAACGUCAACAGGCCUUAGAGGAGGCCAUGAAUGCCGGUUUAGAUGUAGAAAAUAUCACCCGCCAUACGGUGGAGAAUAUAAGCCAACGACAACUUUCCGAGGCAGAUAUGGAGCAGCAAGAAUCUCUGCAACAGGGUGAUAUAUCCGAAUUUGAUCAACAUAAAAUCAAGGCCUUAGAAUGGUUGACCUUCUUGCCCACCCAACGCGGUGAACUACUCUGGCAGGGCAAUGCUAUGAUACGCUACUUUUUGGCCGAAAACAAAUUGGAAUGUGUACGCUCGGUUUAUAAUAUGAUACCACCUGAUUCUCUUACACAAAUUAUUAAUAUUUAUGGUUCAAAGGAUAAUUUCCCUUGUCGUGAAGACUGUAGCAUUAAGGAAUAUAUUAGUUAUAAAGUUUACUUGGCGGCUAUAGAUGCUUUCAAUGCAUGGUCACGUUUAUAUCACAAUCGUCCCAAGGAACCUCAAACGGUUAGUGCUGGUGCCAAUUUUACAGAGCGUAUAGCGUCAGAACACAAGGAGCAAGUGUAUAGGAAUGAGUUGAAUAGAUGGAAUGUAUCGUUAGAGGAACAGUCUAAAGUUUGUCGUGAUGCUCUCUACAACAUUCUGUUAUUCCCCGAAAAAGGUUGGCUUAUCGAUCCCGAUACUCCCAAAGAUCCUGCCGAUAUACCCGAAGUUGUUUGGGAAAAUCGUCAAAUACAAUUGGAUAAAAUACGUAGAAUAUGUAUACCGGAAGUUGUGUUGCUCCUACACAAGGUAUUACAUUUAUCGGAAGACUAUCAGGGUUGUGUUAAAUUGGCCGAUGAAGUAGCUUCUGAAAAUCGUCAAAUACAUCUAGUCUAUACGAAACAUAAAUUGGCAGAACUAUUGUCCAAACUGUCUGAAUCUUCUUUGGAAUUGUUGAAUAAGAAAUUAGAUCCCUGGGGUUAUCCAGCAACAGUUUAAUAUUUUUUUUUUAAUUUUAAAUAAAAUAAAGAAAGAAAUCAUAUUGUUAGUAUUA